UUUCUUUGUAGUCGAUAAAUCGUAAACCCCUAAAAAAAUCCCGAAAAGGCAACAGAGGAGGGACCCGUCCAGUCGGCCCGUUUGGGUAUUUCUGCUUGACGAGGGAACUGGAAAUACAAGGUACAAAAAUCGAGUAACAGUCAACAAUGGAGCGUCUCCGCCCGAGAGGCAGACAGAUGUUUUCUGGGUUUACCAAGGGCGAGAUAGAGAAAAUGGAGAAAUUGCUAGAGGAAUCAGGAGAACAAUCACUUAAUCGAGAUUUUUGUCAAAGAGUUACCAAACGUUUCAAUCGAUCCUCCGGUCGUGCUGGGAAGCCUGUAAUAAAGUGGACGGAGGUAUACGAUUGGUUGCAAAGCAGACUGCAAGACUUCCCAAAAAUUGAAAACAGGAUCUCUGAAAUUCCCAAAGCUUGCCCUUCAAAUAAGACUCAGGAAAGUUCUCAAGGCCCCGAAGGUGAAAAGAGCCCCGAUUUGUCGGAGUUGGAAUUUGAAGCAAGGUCAUCAAAAGAUGGUGCAUGGUAUGAUGUCGCUAUGUUCCUUACGCAUAGAUUUCUUAGUUCUGGCGAAGCUGAAGUGCGUGUCAGAUUUGUCGGAUUUGGAGCUGAGGAAGAUGAAUGGGUCAACAUAAAACAGGCAGUACGAGAACGCUCUGUCCCUCUAGAACAUUCUGAGUGUCAGAAGGUUAAGGCUGGGGACCUUGUACUCUGCUUCCAGGAAAGGAGAGAUCAGGCAAUCUACUACGAUGCUCAUAUUGUUGAAGUCCAGAGGAGAAUGCAUGAUAUUAGGGGCUGCAGGUGUCUUUUCUUGGUUCGUUACGACCACGAUGGCACUGAGGAAAAAGUUCGUUUGAGAAGAUUAUGUCGCAGACCGACACAUCAAAUCUAAUCUUUGUCUUUGACAUCAAUCAUUUCAUCACAUCUCUCUGGAGACAUGAAUUGUUUGCCUCAGAAAGCACAGUAGCUAAAUCUAGUUCGUCUGUUCUUUCAGACACGUGAGAAAAUGUUGUGUAAAAUUUCAUAAUUGAAUGUGGUUUCAUGUUUUCACCUUAUUGUUUGUGUCCGAACAAAACCUUGGGAACGAAAUGGGACACGCACAUGUAAUUGUUGCAUAUUCUGUCUUUGCAAAUUAAUUUGCUGUUUUCUUAUCA